AGUUGGGCAGCCGCGUCUGAAAGGGAGACGACCAGGCGCCGCCGGCGGGUUGAGAAGCCGGCGCCCAGCUGCCCUCCUUCCCCUUCCCCCCUCCCGCCCCGAGCGAGAGGAUCGGAGCCCAGCGAAGAGCGAUGAGCAACUCCAGCAACAAGCGCGCCCCCACCACGGCCACACAGCGACUCAAACAGGACUACCUGCGCAUCAAAAAAGAUCCAGUGCCUUAUAUCUGUGCCGAGCCUUUGCCAUCCAAUAUCCUUGAGUGGACCCAGAUUGUUGGGGGCAAGAGGCUGACUCCAUAUUCAGGUGGCUACUACCAUGGGAAGUUAAUUUUCCCCAGAGAAUUCCCUUUUAAACCUCCUAGUAUUUAUAUGAUCACACCAAAUGGAAGAUUUAAAUGCAAUACAAGGUUGUGUCUUUCCAUUACUGAUUUCCACCCCGACACGUGGAACCCAGCUUGGUCCGUCUCCACAAUCUUGACAGGCCUCCUUAGUUUUAUGGUUGAAAAAGGACCCACUCUGGGCAGUAUAGAAACAACAGAAUUUACGAAGAGGCAACUGGCUUCGCAGAGUUUAGAAUUUAACGUAAAAGACAAAGUCUUUUGUGAAUUGUUUCCCGAUAUGGUGGAGGAAAUCAAGCAGAAACAGAAGGCGCGGGACGAUCUCCACAGCCGGCCUACGACUCUCCCGCUGCCGGAUGUCAUCCCCGACGGGGAAGCCCACCACGGUCAGAACGGCCUGCCGAUCCUCAACGGGCACCCGCCUUUGGUGGCGGCCAACAACCCCCUCGGCCUCCAGCAAGCUAACCGCCACCACGGACUCCUGGGUGGAGCUUUGGCGAACUUGUUCGUGAUCGUGGGCUUUGCGGCCUUCGCCUACACAGUGAAGUACGUCCUGAGGAGCAUCGCGCAGGAGUGAGCGACGCUGGAGUUCUUCUCCUCCUCCUUCCAAGUCUGGGUUCUGAGACCAAAAUAACAGUAGCGGCGGGAAGGAAACCAAACCAAACAUUUGAGACUUUGUGGGUCUCGCACUCCCGACUGUGGGCUAACUGCUGUGAUGUGUACAGGAGUUGUUUUCCCCCCCCCCCUUCCCCAGGUUUUGUUUUAAUUACUGGUUUUGGCCCAUGGAAUUAAGUUUUGUCGGAGGGGAGGGAAACCCCCCCCGUUUGGGAUGGAAAAGGAUGGGGUGGGAUGGAGCAAGGAAGAGGACGCACACACAUUGUCUCCCGUGAAAAGAAGAAAGGGGAAGGGGGGAAAAAAACCCGCUUUCUGAAACUUGUAGGAUCUAAAUUUACCGGCCUACGAAAUCCCCCCGUGUUUCUUUUUCUUCCUUUUUUUUCCCCCAGUGUACUCUUGAAUCCGUUCUAACAUCUCGGAGCUUUGGGGAACUUGGGCGGAAGCGUCCCCUCUUUAAGGCAACGUGGGGGCGAUAGACGGGUUCGGGAGAGGAUGGGGCAGCCCUUGCCCGUUUUAAUACUGGCGGAUAGCUGAAGAAGGGAUGGGGGGGAGGAGCAGAGGAAUAAGGGGAGCGCUCUUCGUUUCCUUAAGACGCACUUUUAGAUCGCCUCGCUUGACAAGUUUGGUGUCUGCUGCUGAAACAGGUUCCCAAGCCCAGCAGAUUGUUUGUGCGAAUGGUUAGAUCCUCGCGGAAGCCUUUCGUGUCCUAAGUCGGCGGUGCGGGAAGGCGAAGUUCAAAAAGUUCUUUUUCAGAGUCGAGCGUGGAAUCGAGCCUAAAGCGUUUGCUCUUUGGAAUCGGCGUUGAGCCAUCCCACAAAGUUAGGAGUUUUGGUGCUCACAGACAAGAGACCGUUUUCGCAAAAGAGAAAACGUUAACCGCGCGCGCCAGGCCAACCCCAGUGGUCGGCGGCUCUUGUCUGAGUUGACGCGGGGUGUGUUUUAAAGCAGGCCCCUUCUUGGCCCAAACUCCUCACAACAAAAGUACAGGUUUUUUUCUCCUUUUUUUUUAAAAUGCUGGCCCAGUGAAAAACUUACCCUAAUGCUCUUUGAGAGAGAGAGAACGAGGGAGAGAAUGAGAGAGAAAGAAAGGAGAGAGAAUGAGGGAGAGAAAGAAAGAGAG